AUGGCUGGUGUUACUGAAGAUUAUAUAAAAAAUAUUGUAAAUGAAGUUGCUAUUGAAAAUAAUAUUUCAGAAUGGGAGAUGCGCAAGGAAACAUUCGAAGUUUCCGCCCAAAACUACUUUGGUGUAUUGAUACCCAUUUUUUUGACUGGAAAAACAGAAGACAGUGAACUUAGUCUAAGUUUAGUCCUAAAACUAGCGCCUACAGAUGAACGAUAUAGAGUGAGUGGCGCACUAAGCAUAUUUUUUGAGAGGGAAAUGUUUGUUUAUUCAUCCAUUCUUGCAAGAUAUCAUGAGUUGCAACAUAAUUUUGAAGUAAAAUUGAUCGUACCGAAAUGUUAUUAUUGCCGCAGAGACUAUUGUAGUGAGGUCAUUGUCCUCGAAAAUAUGUGCGCCAACCAAUACCGGCCAUUCACGUCGGAAACAUUUCUAAAUUUCGACCACAUGAAUGUAUCACUGAAGGAACUCGCCAAAUUACAUGCUUUAUCUUUCAUUCUGAAAACAAAACACAAUCGCAUGUACAUUGACGCUGAAAAGAUAUGUGCGCCACUAAAUGAGAACAAUAACAAAAGAUUUGUGGAAAUUUUGAAGGACCGGCUGGCAAAAGCUAUUCAGAAAUUCGAAAACACGAAGUAUGUCCCUUUACUCCAGCGUUUAAGAGAUAAAUGCAAUGAGUUUGUUGAGGCGACGAGCACAGAGGUCAAAGCCACGGCCUUGUGCCACGGAGAUAUUUGGAAGGAGAAUAUUUUAUACUGUUAUGAUGAGAACGAUAUACCAGUAUCAGCCUGUCUCAUUGACUUCCAAACUGUGCGCAUAAGUGCCCCAGCUUACGAUGUCCUUUACCUUAUCACAUCAAGUUCUCACCAGCAAAUGCGAUUGUCACACUUUGAUCAACUUCUCGACGUAUAUUACCGCACUUUCGAGCAUUUCUUACGACAGGCUGGGAUCGAAGCCAGCAGUGUAUACAGAUGGAGCGAUUUUAACGAAGACCUUUCGACCGUAGGUCCAGCAUGUCUAAUUAUAGCGAAUACUGCGAUGUGGCUACAUCAUGGUCUGCAAGAAGAAGGUCAUGUCAGGAGCAAGAAGAUCUUGAAAAAUGAUGAUGAGAAAUCGGAAGCCCUCAGAAAUUACAAAGAGACUAUACAAAAUAUAAUUGAUGAUUUUUCUAGAUACGGCUAUUUGACUACAGUUAUUGGAGAAGAAAGUAAGAAUUAUUAAACUCAAUUGUAAUGAAAAUACACAGAAAUAAAAAUACAUAGGUAAAUAGCUAACUACGGAUGUGUUAGGCCAGCGUAUAAAUUUCUAAUGUUUUCUAAAAUGAGAGGGUUUUAUGAUUUUGGUUAGAAAAUGUUCCUUGUUCCUUACCACCCUAAUAAAUAUGAAAAAUAUC